AUAAGACAUUUUUUAGAAUAAGAAAAUAAGCUCUUAUUAGAUGCCAAACGGCCCCUAAGUUAACCGAGGGAAGAAGAUUUCAAAGGAAAUUUCCGAAAGGAAACAAGGAUCAAAUCACUGAUCGAGGAUUAGAAGGAGCUGAUAGCAAGGCGACGCCAGAUUCUCAUUGACCACAGAUUUCCAUUUCUUUGAUUUCUCCGACUUUUCUUUAUUCUCCCUUUGAUUGGAUUUCGAGAGAGAGGAAACUCAGAUCAGUUUCAGAAGAUUGCUUGAAGAGGAUUUCCCAUGAAGUUUUCUCUGUGAAUUGGACUAGUUCUUUGGAAAAGAGAGGAAGGACGAAAGAAACCAAGAUCAGCUUAAGAAGGAUUAUUUUUAUUUUUGUAAUUUUUAGGUGGUUCUUUUGAGGAAAAGGUAGAAACCCAGAUCAUUUUUAUAGGAAAGGGAGAGAACCCAUGAAGGAUUUUGCCUACCUUUGAGUGGUUCUUCUCGAUCUUGCAGAGAUUUUGGACUAAAACCGGCGGGAGAGAUACUUCAAGGAGGAUGUCUGGAGUGCAGGAGCAGUUGGAAAUAAAGUUUCGGUUGCACGAUGGUUCGGAUAUCGGUCCGAAGAGAUUCCCUGCUGCUACUAGUGUUGCCACUGUGAAAGAAAGCAUCCUUGCUCAAUGGCCUAAAGAGAAGGAGAAUGGUCCGAGGACGGUGAACGAUGUCAAGUUAAUAAAUGCUGGAAAGAUAUUGGAGAACAACAGAACACUGGAAGAGUGCAAGAGCCCGAUAUGUGAUGUUGGUGGGGGAGUCACGACAAUGCAUGUAGUGGUUCGGCCCCCUUCAGAGAAAGGAACUGAAAAGAAAGCGUCGCAACAGCCAAAAGAGAGCAAGUGCGUCUGUGUUAUCUUGUGAUUUGCAUUUCUCUUAGAAGAGUUUCAGUAUAAUGUUUGGGUGUUUAGAGCUUGUACGAAUGUUUAAGUUGUUGGGGUUGUGAGUCACUGUGGCCGAAGUGCACUGAUGGGUAGUUGAUAUGAUGUGCCUCUCUGGUCAUGGGAAGUUUCUAUGCACGGGUUGCUGCCUACCCCGUAAGAAUGCCUUUUUUACUCUCUGCAUUUGCUAUUUCAUCAAUUCUUACAGGCCUACGAUGAGACCUUACCCUUAUCCUUUGUACCGUCAUUUUCUUAGUCAAAUUUGUGUUUGUGUGAGCCAAUUUGCUUCGUUUCUCUAGAGGAGAAAAGAAAGAAAGAAAAAAGAAUCUCGAUCUUUCCCACAUUGAUUCUUACUAGUAUUAGCCCGUAAAAAUUUCAAUUCCCCUAGUCUUCAGUUCAGCGAUUAAGAACAAUCUAUAUACCGAUCCAAAUGAAAUGUUCCGCUUUUAUUAA